UCGGUGUAUUUUAAUCACGAUGAAUCGUAUUCACCCUAUUUACAAAUCAUUUUUUGUCGUUGUCAUUUCUCUGGCCUUCCUCAGCAUGAAUUCGAUCAGAAAAAAAUUUAUUUCACGCGAAUAUAACAUUUGCGAAAAUGUUACUGUUACGGAAUAUGUGGAGGAUUUUAACGAAAAUUUGAAUUUCGAAAAUAAUUCGACUGAUUUAUAUAUCAGUAAUAAUACUCGAACGUUGUUUAUACUGGGUCUUUUCGAUAUGUCCACCAAAUGGGGAAGGCGGAAAGAUGGAGAUGUAGAAAAGAUGGCUGCGCAACUAGCAGUCGAACAAAUAAAUAAUAUAAAAACAACGAAGGAUUAUCGUUUCGAAUUACUGAUUAAUGACACUAUGUGCGACCCUGGUAUCGGAAUGGAUAGAUUAUUUCACGCUUUAUAUUCAAAAUAUUCAAUUUUCGCAUUAUUAGGAGCCGGAUGUUCGAACGUAACCGAAAGAUUAGCGCAAAUAGUACCGCACUGGAAUAUUAUACAGAUAUCUUACGGAUCGUCGUCGCCGUAUCUCAGCGACCGAAAUAAAUUUCCUUUAUUUUUUCGAACGGCAACGUCGGAUUCGUCUCAUAAUAAGGCGAAAAUUCAGUUCGUGAAAAAAUUCGAUUGGAAAAUGGUGGCGAUGUUUACGGAAAACGAACACGAUUUUUUAUUACCGGUUAAUGGUUUAAUAGCCGAUUUAGAAAAGGCCGAUAUACUAUGCGGAGCUUCAAUAACUUUUUCUAUGGAAAAUUACAGAGAGCAAUUGGGAACUUUGAAGAAUUUGAACGUUCGCAUCAUAUUCGGAAGCUUCUCAAUGGAAGUAACGUCGAAAAUUUUAUGCGCUGCUCAAAAUAUGGGAAUGUUGGACAAAUACGUUUGGAUUAUACACGAAAGGGAAAAUUCCAAAUGGAAAUUAUCGGAAUGUGAAUUAGAACGAGACGUAACGGGAAUAAUAACCGUAUCAGAUUUCAACGACAAUAUCAAUAAUUGUUUACCACUGCAAAUUGAUGACGUGAAUUAUAAUGAAAAAUUGGAAACGUUGCGAAAAUAUAGUUCGCCUUAUCCGAAAUAUUCUUACGAUGCCGUUUGGGCAAUUUUUCACGCUCUAAGAGGAUUUCCAGUCGACGAAUGGUUCGAUUACGAGGGCGAUUCGUAUCGUUUCAAGUCGACGGUGUUGGAAAAUUUGAUCGAAAAGAUGAAUUCUUUAACUUUUUUCGGAAUAUCGGGAUCCGUGAGAUUUAAUAAAGGAGAUAGGAUUGCGAAUUCUUUAAUCAGACAAAUCCAAGAUGGCAAACUACGCACCGUGGCCAUUUUCGAUUCUAUAAAAGAAAAACUAAACUUCAAUUGUACUUCAUGCACAAAUAUCAUUUGGAAAAACAACGAAAUCCCAAUAGCGAGACGAAUUUUAAAAAUAUCGAAAAAGAAAAUACCCGACAUAAUAUUCGCCGGUAUAGUUUUAUUUUCCACAUUGGGAAUAUCGGCCUCGAUGGCCAUUUUGUAUUUCAAUUUGAAGUUCAAAUCUAGGAGAUACGUCAAAUUGUCCAGUCCGAAUCUAACUAACGUCACGGUGCUCGGAUGCGUUCUCGUUUACUCGUCAGUCAUCGUGUUAGGAUUGAAUAAUUCUUCCGUAAAUUUGAAUUCAUAUUUCGACGCUUUUUGCUCCAUAAGAGUGUAUUUAUUAUCGACUGGUUUUUCUUUAACUUUCGGAUCAAUAAUGGCGAAAACUUAUCGAGUACAUAGAUUAUUUACAUUUUUAAAAAACGGUACCGUCCGAGAUAAAUUAUUAAAAGACCGACAACUAAUUGCUUUAAUAUUCAUUCCACUAUUAUUGGAUGGGUUUAUAUUAGCAUCGUGGCUUACUGUCGAUCCGUUAAGAAAGAAAAUUUAUAAUUUGACUUUGGUUAUAUCGUUUUCGGAAAAAGGAGUCGACUAUCAACCACAAGUAGAAAUAUGUGAUUGUCAUAAUACAAUAGGUUGGUACGUCGCGAUGCUAGGUUACAAAACGAUGUUUAUACUUAUGGGAAUUUAUAUGGCGUGGAAAACGAGACAUAUUAAAGUAGCCGUACUAAACGAUUCCCAAUAUAUAGGAAUCUGUAUGUACACUACAGUUUUUAGUAUCUGUAUCAUCGUUAUUUUGAAUAUGAUAUCAAAUAAUAAUAUUAUACUGACUUAUAUCAUUCAGUCCGUUAUUAUUUUAAUAGUGACCACAAUUAUAAUGUUUUUCAUGUUUUUACCUAUUAUAAAAUCGGUGUAUGGUAAAAGAGAUAGUGCAGAUCCAAUAAUGCUAAGUAUGGGCUUAACGAAUGUUUCAAAUACGAGGAGAUUCGUAUUUAACGAUAGCCGGGAGAUAUUGAAUCGUUUGGAGAUUCAGAAUAAAGUCCAUAGGAAUCGUUUGACGAAAUUGGACGAAGAAAUAUCACAGUUGGAGAAUUUAUUAAAACUCUAAUUAUUUUUUAAAUGGUAGUAUAACAAACUAAACAUGAAAUUAAUCACUUAGUUUACCAGUAGAUUAUAUUGAUUCGGAUUAAUUAUAAUAUAAUUUGAAUUAUU